AUGCAACCUUUACCUCUGCAGGCUGCGCUCAUAAUCGGGAUUGUUAUUCCUCAAAUAUCCAGCAUCAGCAUCUCAUCUCCACCUCCUGACUGUGUGGCUGCUGUCUACACCUGCAUGUCAAAUCUUUGCAAGUGGAGUGAAAAAGCAUUUCACGGUGACAUCUGCGAGGAUGACGGGUGCCAAAUAAAAGGCUCAGAGCAAUGUAACUUGACCAUCCAGACUGUAAUGGACCAUUUUCCCUCUUUGAGCGGGUGUGUGUGUGCCUGGGAGGAGGAGCUAUGUGACUCUAUACAAGCGUUGGCCACACAAUGCCACCAAAAGCCAGCAGCUCAGCAGAGGAGGAGCACGGAGAUGGACUGGCAGUCAAGCAGUUUAAUAGGCUAUGUAAACAAUGGUGCUGCAUCCUGUUUGGACCACAUGAUAAAUUGUUUGAAAGAUAAAGUCUGCAACAGGAACUUAGCACCUGUUUCUUUGGCGUGCAUGGCACAAUGCAACCGCAGCCACUGUCAGCGAGAGACUCAGCAGUUCUAUGGCAGCAUGCCGCAUAAUGUUGCAGAGAUGCUGUUCAUGUGUGAGUGCGAGGCUUCAGAUCGCAGCUGUCUGCAUAUGAAAGCUCUUCUGCACAGCGGCACAUGUGGAGACCAGACCUGGAUCUGCCAGGACACAGUUAACCAGUGUGUGGAGGACAGUAACUGCAGACAGCUGUUAAAAGCUUUCCGUGCUAAAUGCUGGAGCCCUGAAGAGGCACAAUGUAGCGACAGUGACCUUCAAAGUGAUGAAUGUAUCACCCAGAUGGAUCCAGGUCUCAUCCGUGGUGCAGAUUCUGAAUGUAGAAUCGCCUUAUUGGCCACUAUGGGCACAGCACUUCACUAUCCCUGUGAAUGCAAAGGCAUGCGCAAUGAGGAUCUGGCGAAGUGCAACGUGAUUCAUGAUGUGUUUCAUAAUAGAUCACACUUCUUGACAUCUUGGAAAAGCAGCAGUCAUCCUACUAAACCUCCUGAAGUUGAUGAUUCUGAGCAAAGUCACGCAUGGUCACACGAUUAUCUACUGCUUGCUUUUGCGAUUGUGCUACUUUUUGGAGUUGUUAUAUUGAUGCCUCUGGCUGUUGUCAGUAGAAUAUGGAUGCUAAGAAGGAGAAGAAGAGACAAAACAAAGUUUCACCAUCCGCAGAAAGGCAAUUGUGUUCUUUGAUCUUUAUUAAUCUGUUUGAUGUUUGUCAUAAAAACUUAUGAAUAAUCGUGAUCCCUUUUAACUCAAAAAGAUUAUAAGUAUCAGAAAUUCUCCACACGUCAUCAUGACGGCAGCACUGUGAGAUAUAACUUGAUGUAUUUCAUACAUGCAACCUGGUUUUGGUAAGAGAUGACUGAGAGUGUUGUGUAGCCUUUGUGUUUUUUUGCUUGUUCUGUUUUUUGUAAUAUAAACUUGUAUUAUGCAUGUGCUUUGUAUGCAACGUGUUCGAAUAAUAAUGCUUUUUCUACAACAAAAAUAUAUAAAUCAAGGAUAUAGAUUAAAGUGUUACUAAAAGAGUAAUCAGUCUGUAUGGCAGUGCUUUAUUAAAGAAAAUCCAUUUGAAGACGGUUGAUAAAAACCUAUAUUCUUACAAUUAUAAAUGUUGCACGUGUAAAUGUGAAGAUACAAUGUAAAUCAUUUCUAAGAUUGAUGAUUAUGUGUGAAGUCAGACUAUUUUUUCUUGAAUCACACAAGAAACCGUUCUCUGCAGUAACUCAUUGAUUGCCGAAUGUUUUCAUUUGUGCUACUGACCUGGGCUAUCAAUCAUUGUAAAGAAACAACUACACAUCUGACACAUUUGAGAUUGUUUUAAGUCAUCAGUUGUCCUUUGUGGUGAUUUAUUGGUGUUCUUAGACUUCAGCUGUAUGUAUCUGAUAAUAAACUUC